UUAGCAUCUCUGAACCGAUUUCAGGUUGCUGAGACAGGUUCACAUGCGAUUGGCGGAGAUGUCUAUCCACGGCAUGUUUACCAGUGCCUAACGGCAAUUGCGUGCAGAUAGUGUUUGGGACCUACGCGUCCUUACGGUCCCUUGUAGAUUUCUUUCAGCCUAAUAUUACACACCUGAAGAACAUUAACGAACAGGCAAUCGUGUGGGAGCAAAAUGACAAUCAGAAAUGUCCACGAUUGUGGACAGCGACAUCGACCACGGGUGGCAUGCCUGAAGAAGGUGGAGGCCCUGGUGUUGGAAAUGCAGGACCCAACAUCAGGAGUGAAGUCUCAGACCCAAAGGCUUGUCAUCACCACCAUACCUCAUGCUCUCACAGGUGAAGACGUUGUCGCAUGGAUCGCCAAACGUUUUAAUGUAGACGCUGCUGAGGGUUGCGCCAUUGGAACCAUGAUGGUGGCAUUUGGGUACAUCUACCCUCUGCGUGACCACAAGCGGCUCAUUCUCAAAUCAGACGCCUCCCUCUACCGAUUUCAGACUCCAUAUUUCUGGCCUGCCCAGCAGUGGCCGGUUGAGGACACAGACUACGCAAUCUACUUGGCAAAAAGAAAUAUCCGCAAGAAUGGAGUUCUUGAGCUGCAUGAACAGGAGCAAUAUAAUAACCUCCACAAAUGGCUGAACCACAAGUGGGAUUUUAUUGUAAUGCAGGCCAAAGAACAGUAUAGGGCAGGGAAGGAGAGGAAGAAGCCUGAUCGGGUGGUGUUUGACUGCCAGGAGAGAGCUUACUGGGUCGUACACCGCCCACCACCCGGAUCAGUCAGUGCCAUGGACCUUGGACUGCUACGUCUCAUCGACCCAAACCAAGAGGAGUCAGAGACCUCAGACUACUUCAGAAGAAUUAUUAUUUUCACAGAGCAGUGCAUCAUGAGGCCAAGGGUGAAGUCAUCUGUGUCCCUUGGAGCUAUUGUCAAAUAUAUUACGACCUACAAGCUGCAUGACGCCUUUCUCUCCCCCGUCCUUCCCAGCAACCCCUGGUUGACUGAUGAUCCUGCAUACUGGGAUCUCAACUCGCUUACUAUUGACAACCCAACUAGAAUGAGAGUGGAGCGUUGGACCUUCAGCUUUGGAGAGCUGCUGAGUGAUCCACGAGGUCGGGACGGCUUCCGCCUCUUCCUUAAGAAGGAGUUCAGCAGUGAGAACCUGGCUUUCUGGGAGGCUUGUGAGGCCGUGAAGUGGGGUACUGCUUCAACUAUACAUGAAAAAGCCCAGCAGAUCUACAAGACAUUUCUGGCUCGCGGUGCACCUCGUUGGAUCAACAUUGACGGGAAGACCAUGGAGGUCACAGUGAGGGGUCUGAAACACCCUCAUCGCUACGUGCUGGAUGCCGCUCAGACACACAUCUACAUGCUGAUGAAAAAGGAUAAGUAUGGCCGAUACCUCAAAUCCCCAGUGUAUAUGGACUACCAGAGGAGAGCCACUGACCCAGAGGCACACAAUUUCACUGAGACACAGCUGGCGCAGAACGCCAAGAACCGUCGCCCGAGCCUGAGUCCCAUCAUCCUCCGUCAGCAGGAGGAGGAGCAGCAGGCCAAGUUGGAGGCCAGCGGACCCGUGGACCUCACACAGGUCAUGAGCAAGCUGGACAAGCGCAACAUGCUCAAGGAGGGCCAGAAGUGAUAGGCAGCCAGGCUGCAUGUGUAUACAGCCAGAGAAAGCAAAUGGCUGAGCUAAAAUAAACGCAGUGAAUUUGGCUUAUGAUGCCGCUGUAGGGCAAAACCAGUGGUUGAGUCUCGCUGCAGUGUUCGUCCCUAGGGAAAGCUGUUCCUAAGGCUUUUUAAAGACAAAGUAUGCAUUCUGCACUUCACAUGCUAUUUAUAAAGGCUUCCUUAGUGAAGGAUGUAUGAGAUUUUAACAUUUUGAAUUAAGUGCUCAAAAGUCAAGGUUGCGAUGUGAAAUUGUUGUCCUGCUUGGUUCAGCUGCAGUAUCACCAUGAUCGUUUAGAAAGAUUCAGUCACACAUGAAACAGAACAGCAUGCACAAAGGAGACUUUAAUUUGAUCAGUUGUGUGCUUCAGCAUUAGUCAUCAGUGACUGUUAUUCCGUAGAAACACAAAGGAGUUGUUAUCACACCUCCCCAGAACUUUCACUUUCUUUUCUGCUGCGUUUUACACCUCAUUCUCAGUGUUUCAAGCCAGUGUUUGUUCCAUUUCACAGACGCUCAUUUUGUUUUUCUUGCUGUGUGUUUUGGCUUCUGACCUCCAUCUUUUAUGACUAUGGGAGUUCAAACCUUUAAAGACUAAAGAUACACACAGUCUCACCCCAUGUGUGUUUCCUUGGCAACACAUUACUGGAGUCUUGUUUUUGUAGUGCUGUAAUGAUGUACCAUGUAGGUCACCAUUGUUCUGUGUUUGGUGUCUGUUUUGACGUCCACGAGGCUGUUACAUUCUCAAUCCAAGGUACACCUCCACAGACACAAGAUACACUAGCAGAGGUCUGCAUGUACAAAUGUAGGAUAUUGUGGAGUCUCCUUGUUGUACUGUGACAUAGGCAAGUGUUGCACCCUAAAGUGGUUCCACAGUACAGGAGGCAAAAGCCACAAAUGUAACAGCUCACUGCAUGGUUGCAUUUUCGUGAGCCCGCAUUUCAUUGUAGCUUGCAUUGGGUUUACGACAGCCCUUAAUCUCCUCACUAGCUUCUAUGUUACUAUAAGGAGUGCUGCUCUGCGCAACCUCCUAUUGUAAAUCCAUGAAUCCUUUUCAGUUGUGAACAUACACUCAGCAUGGCUUUGUAUGCAAUCUGUCUAUGUCCACUUGUCCUUGCUUUUUUCCGGAGUCACCAUCCAUGCAAUAAAAUCAAGUACCUAA